CAGCAACCCUACAUGGACAGACUGUUCUUUAGAGCGUGUUUUGUCACUAUGUUGUCUCAGACAAUGACGUGUUUGACCUGUGUGUUCAAAGGCGAAUGAUAUGUUAUCAUGUUAUAAUUUUAGAGAAGGUGAUCCAUGAAGUUCCACGGACUCAUCUAACAUGUUUUACCUCACCAUCUCCUUACCAGAGAAAGUGUUCAAAUCAUCUUCCUCUCAGACUGAGUGGAGGGAAGGGUUUGUGUUCGGGGAGACUGGAGGUUUAUCAUAACUCUGUGUGGGGUUCAGUCUGUGAUGAUCUGUGGGACAUCAGAGAUGCUCAGGUGGUCUGCAGGCAGCUGGGUUGUGGAGCAGCAUUGAGUGCUGAUGGGAAUGAAGCGUUUGGUGCUGGUGAAGGUGUUGUGUGGAUGAAGAAAGUCGAGUGCAGAGGGACUGAGAUUCACCUGUGGGACUGUCCUCAUGUCCUAAAAAAUCACACUGACUGCUCACACAAAGAACAAGUUAGACUCAUCUGUGCAGUAACAGAUUUGUCUGUGACCACAACUUCUGCCACAACAACAUCAGCUUAUCCUUCAGUUUCUCAGACAAACAGGAGAUCAGUGACUCCUCCACAAACUCCUCCUCUCUUCAUUCCUCUAGUGGUUGUGAUUGUAUUGGGAGUUUUGCUCUUACUGCUCUUAGUUUUGCUCUUGCUGCUGUUACUGUCGCUGCUCAUACUGAUCAAGAACAACCGAGUAAUGAAGAGAGAUACAGAGAUCCACACUUCAUAUACAGAUCUCUUUAAGAGAAGACACUGGGCUCAGACUGAAGCAGUUUAUGAAGAGAUUGAUCACAGACACACAAAUAGAGAAAAUCACUUCACUCAGCGAGGGAGUCUCAUCUCUGAAGAACAGCAUUCUGGAUAUGAAGUUGCUGAUGAGCUUCUUUCAGGAGAGAUGGUGAAAAAAGUCCCAGCAGAAUACUAUGAUGAUGUCAUCACUGAUGGACUAAAAGCAGACAGUGAGACAGGUGCACUUCUGUUAUUCUGUAUUAAGAUGAAAUAUAAGAUCUGUACAUGA